ACCCGAGCUAAGAAAAGGAAAGUAACAUCAAGGCCGUCAAGCUCAAAGUCAAACGACAGUACAACGGCAGCACAACAACCGGAUAAUUGGAAAACACAAUUAUCUUCUUUACUUUGGAGGUUAGCUGAAAGAUAUCGUCCGUGGCUGACAAUUGUCUUGGAGCCAAUCAGGAGCAAAUACCCAAAUACCGUUUCCCUCAUUGUUGCACUGACAUUAGUGGUAUUUGUAUUAUCUUUGGCUGGCACGAUCGUAGCGCCAGCAACUCAACUUUGGCAGUUUCUGUUUCCGGCUGAGUUGUCGCGCAUUUAUUACAACGAGGUUUCAUGGCCUCCAAGACAUCGCUGGAUAUGGCGCCUGGAAGAAGUUUUCAACGUGACGCGAGAAAUAAAGAGAUUGUCUAAAGAUCAUGAUGGAAAACAAGUUCAUGUGUACUUGAUCGGCGGACCAGGCUCGGGUAAAUCUGAGCUUGCUAGACAAGUUGGACGUCGUUUGUUCGAAUCAAUGAAGCAAAACAAAAGACCGGUGGACGUUAUUACCAUUGAUGCAGCUAGCGUUACUUCUCUUUUGUCAAGUCUGACAGAUGCGGUUUUAGCUCUUUGUAGUCAUUCCGGAAAAAAGGCGGAUGGCAUAAAGCAACUAAAAGAAGAAUUAAAUUUCAAAUUCGCUGACUUGUUUUCAAACGAAGGUGUACAAAAAACCAACAUCAAACUCUCUAUCCUUUUUACUAAACUCAAAGAACUACUAGAGGAGAGAAACAGCCAGCCUGUUUUGAUUUUUGACACCGUACAAGAUUUGAAAUUGUUAUUUAGCAACCUCAACCUCGAACCCGGAAGUAGUCAUUUCGCCACAUUUAUUGUCAUCAUUACUGUACAAAAACGUGUGUCUUUAGAAAGGCUGAGCGAUUACGUGUAUGUACAGGAUCUUUAUGAAGGCAUGAUACCAACUGACUCGGUCAAAUUACUUGAAUCGAUAACCGGGCUGAAAGAGGAUAGCGAAAACCAUGCCAAUGAACUUUCAUACAUUCUUGGACACCAGCCUCUAGCACUAUCAACAGCAGCUAUCUACAUUGAAAGUGUGCGCGAAGGUCCACCAAAGCGUGCAGACUAUGGAUAUCUGGAUUACAUAUCUGAGUUUAAAAGAGAUAUUCCUUCUCUUGGAAUGGAAGAAGAAAUUGAGUGGCGAGAAAGUGACGCUUCGAAAUAUUCAAUUCCAAUGUACGCGGCAGUUCUCAAAGCUGUGAAUCUCAGCGCGCAAAAUGACCCCGUGAUUCGAGAUCUUGCUUGUAUUGGUUACACCGACACCUCCCCACUCAGUUUGGCAUAUGUGUUGGAUUUUUUGAAAAAGAAUUCUCACCAGCACUUCACAGAAGCUCAAAUUCGGAACUCUCUAAGAAACGUGCUUUUUAAGGUGGCAGGCAAAGAAGGAAAGCAAACCCUCUCUAGCCAUCAGGUGAUUCGUGAAGCUUUUCGACAGGUCUGCAAGGUAAGUAGCAAAAACCAAACUGCCUUAACUCGACAUGUUGUAAUCUGACUGCUGUUGCCCCUCCAAGCAAUCCUGAAAGCCGUGUCUUACUACUGGGUAUUUUCUCAAGGCUCGCCUUAUCUUUUGAACACCAACUGAACGCAACCAUCUCAAAUGUGUACAACACUUCCUUGACAGACCCUAACAGUUCUUUUGGUUCUCAAUGUCUAGAAAUUUUGUCCUCGAUGUGUGUCUUUUCUACGAGGGAACACUUACAAGUAGCCGAUAUCAUGUCAACCCGUUUUACAGAUACGUUUCUACGAUUUGUCUCGCACAGUUCAGGAUUCUCCGGGCCUGCCAUAAUAAAACCAGCAACAAACGUGUUCAGACUCAACGAAGUUGUAAAUUUGACAAACUUGCAGACAAUCAGAGGUGACCGGUAUGAUUUGCAAAUAGUGCUCCUGGUAGUGUGUUUACACAGCGGAGCAACAAGUUCAAAAAAUGAAGAUCUCAUGUUGGCACUAAAUACAACUUUCACUGGGGUACUAAAAAUGGUGCCCAAUACAUCUAAAGGUAGAGAUACCUCAGUUACAUUAAACCUUCUAGGGUCUAUGUAUCGAACUUUAGGAUAUCCCUACAAGUCAAAAGAUCUUCAUGGACUUGCAUUGGAUGUUAAUCGUAAAAGUGGGGGGCAAAAUUACAAUCUCGUGAAAGACAACGCAAGUGAAGGCCAAAUAGAGCAAAAGGAAUCUGUCCUUGAAAGAGCUACAACUUUUCAAAAACUUGGUGUUAUAUAUCGAUAUCUCGCUAAUUUAAACCUUGCACAAGCAUACCACGAGGGCUCAUUGAAAUUACUGCAAAGAUUACUGAGCCCGAGUCAUCCCUACAUCGCAGGGUCUCUUCUCAACUUGGCAGUAGUCUAUAGUCGUCAAGGGAAGCAUAGUGAGGCUCUGCAACUAUAUAAUCAGUCACUGGCAAUAUUACAGCAAACAUAUGGCCCACGGAGAGAGUUAGGAGAGUUUUACACGGCGAUAUAUUAUUCAGAACUCGGAUUGGAAAUACUCCAGGAAUUCCAUGGAUCUAACCAUCCUCAUGUGGCCGAGGCGUUAAAUUUUCUGGGAUUUAUGUACAGGGACAAGGGAAAUUUGCAAAAAGCUCAGGAACUUUUAGAACGCUCACUAGGUGUCAAGGAAAAAGUUUUUAACGCAAAUCAUUUUAUAGUAGGCGAGGCCCUGAAUGACCUAGGUGUGGUAUAUACCCGCAUUGGCGAAGCACGGAAAGCCACAAAGGUUCUUCAAAGAGCGCUGGACAUUUUUAAGCAAACCUGGGGUGAUGAUCACACCUCUGUUCCAACGACAUUGAACAGUCUAAGUGCAGCUUAUUGUGCGCUGAGACAGCCCCAACAGGCAGUGCACCUACACAUGAAAGCCCUUGAGACUCUCCUGAGAAUGGACAAAGGGAACGCUAGGGAUCACCUUUUGGCAGAGACUCGACAUCUCCUCGGUAAUGCUUUUCUCGCCAUGGGAAAUGUUAGUGCUGCUAGGCUCAUGUAUGAUUUAUCAUAUUCUGGUUUUCGUAGCCUAUAUAAACCGGACCACUGGAGAGUCAAAGGUGCUCUGAAAAGUCUGAACUCCAUAGACUCUGUUUUGAACAAGUCCCCCUCCAUUGGGGCUCUGUUUGUUAUGGUGGGUGUACAUAUACUCAUUGCUUCAGUG